CGUAGAAGAAGAAACAGUUGGCUUUUAUAGCGGCAAUGAAAGGACAUGCUACUUCCAAUUUAAACAAGACAUAAAUAAAGUGUACAUUUGCAGGGUUAAAACUACCGGGGUCCAGUGAGCAUAUUUCUCCUUCCUGAAGAGAUUCGAGGGACUUCGUUAGCAACAUGUCUUUGGUCUGUGCAAUCUGCAACGAGGUGCCGGAGCACCCGUGCAUCUCGCCCGUGUCCAGCCAUGUGUUCGAGCGCAGGCUGAUCGAGAAGUUCAUAGCGGAGAACGGAACCGACCCGAUGAACGGACAGCCGCUGUCCGAGGAGCAGCUGCUGGACAUCAAAGUGACCCAUCCUAUUAGACCAAAGGCUCCAUCAGCAACAAGUAUCCCUGCUAUUCUCAAGUCCCUUCAAGAUGAGUGGGAUGCUGUCAUGCUCCACAGCUUCACCCUGCGGCAGCAGCUGCAAACGACUCGCCAAGAACUCUCUCACGCCCUUUAUCAGCACGAUGCCGCCUGCAGAGUCAUUGCUCGACUCAACAAAGAGGUCACUGCUGCAAGAGAAGCUCUUGCCACACUUAAACCCCAGGCUGGACUGGUGGCACCUCAAGCUGUCCCUGCUUCUCAGCCAGCUGCAGCAGGUGCUGGCGGAGAACCUAUGGAGAUAAGUGAACAGGUGGGAAUGACCCCAGAGAUCAUCCAGAAGCUCCAAGACAAGGCUACUAUCCUUACCACAGAGAGAAAAAAGAGAGGAAAAACUGUUCCAGAAGAUCUGGUCAGAGCUGAAGAUCUCAGUAAAUACCGUCAAGUGGCUUCUCAUGCUGGUCUUCAUAGUGCCAGUGUGCCUGGUAUUCUGGCUCUGGAUGUGUGUCCAUCAGACACAAACAAAGUGCUUACUGGUGGAGCUGAUAAGAACGUUGUGGUGUUUGACAAGAACGAGGAGCAGAUUGUGGCAACUCUUAAGGGUCACACCAAGAAAGUUACCUCUGUCAUUUACCAUCCCUCCCAGUCUGUUGUCUUCUCAGCCUCUCCUGACAACACCAUCCGCGUGUGGUCGGUCACCGCGGGCAACUGUGUGCAGGUGGUGCGUGCCCAUGAGGCAGGUGUCACUGGUCUAUCUCUUCACGCAACUGGAGACUACCUGCUCAGCUCCUCCGAGGAUCAGUACUGGGCCUUUUCUGAUAUCCAAACUGGAAGAGUCCUCACCAAAGUUACCGAUGAAAGCGCUGGUUGUGCUCUCACUUGUGCUCAGUUCCACCCUGAUGGUCUUAUUUUUGGCACUGGUACGGCUGACUCCCAAAUCAAGAUUUGGGAUUUGAAAGAGCGCACCAAUGUGGCCAACUUCCCAGGUCACUCUGGACCCGUCACCUCCAUUGCUUUCUCUGAGAACGGAUACUAUCUGGCCACAGGUGCCCAAGAUAGCUCUCUGAAACUGUGGGAUCUGAGGAAACUGAAGAACUUCAAGACCAUCACUCUGGACAACAACUAUGAAGUGAAAUCCCUCGUGUUUGACCAAAGUGGAACCUACCUGGCUGUAGGAGGAUCUGAUAUCCGUGUCUACAUCUGCAAGCAGUGGUCUGAAGUGCUCAACUUCACAGACCACACGGGGUUGGUGACUGGAGUGGCCUUUGGAGAAAAUGCCAAGUUCCUGACCUCUGCAGGAAUGGACAGAAGUCUAAAAUUUUACAGUUUGUAGAAGAGAAGUUCAGAAUGGAAAGAUGAGAGCUGAGGAUGGAUGCAGUGAUCUGUGCAUCUGAGCAGUCGCUGUCCUGGGAUUAGUCAUUUUUAGAAAAGGUGGGAAACAAGAGUCAUUGCUAACUUUGCAUCAUUCUAGUCCUCAUGUCCAAGAGCUAAAACACAUGAAAUGAUCUAUUAUUUGAUAUUAAAGAACUGCUGUAAGUAUAACAACGUACUUUUUGGCUUCAAGAGAGAAAUCUAAGUGAUGUGAAAUGGGAGCAGAGACACGCGGGAAAUUCCUGUUCUGUUUGCCAGCAGUUAUGGUUUUAUUGUAGUAGUUUUUCUUUUUUUUUUUUUUAAAUGUGAGGGGGGGUCUUCAGUUGCUUGUGGAACAAUCCUGCAGUUUACUGUAAAAAACUAUUUGAUCUUUGCUUCCUGAUGUAGACCAACUUUUAUUGCCAUAUCUUUAGGAUACAAUAAAAACAUAUGUAUUGAUCUGCAAUAAUGUGGAAUAAGAACAUGUGUAGGAGAGUCGCUUCUUUUCUUGUUCAAAAUUUGUCUUCAGCCUUUUUUCUCAGUUUCAUUUCUCAAUUUAUUUUCCCGUUGAAAUGUGUCUCCACCCCUACACCCCACCCCCAAUUGUAUAUUUUCCUUUUAACUUACUGUUUUACCUGUUGCACCUCCUGCCUUUGAUAAAAUAAAAUAUCUUUUUUCAAAUUA